UCUCUCUCUCUCUCUCUCUCUCUCUCUCUCUCUUAAACGCAAAUUUAUAACCUCAUCCCCCACCACCCGCCAAUUUUACCCGAGAUUCCCAUAACACCCUCCCCCCACCACCACCGCCACGUCUAACAUGGCCCCCGAUCAGGACGACGUCGUUCUCCCCGAAGGCGACCUCUCCUCCUCCUCCCAGGACGAUGAAGAAGAAGACGACGUCGUCGACGAAGACGAGGAAGAAGAUGACGUCGAAGACGACGACGAUGUUCUAAACGACGAUGUCAUCAACUCCGCCUCCCCUUCCACGUCAUCCGCCGGCGCCACGGAUUCUAUCCCCGUCGCCAUCGCCACCGCCACUCCUACCGUCACUGUCGCCCUUCCCGCUCGGGCCCCUCCCACCGUGCCUCUGACCCUCACGUCUGCUCCAACCACCGUAAUCGCAAAUGACGCCGUCUUGUCAUCCGAUCCCAAACGGCACCCCGCGCUGUCGUCCCAGCCGGAGGAGAAAAAACAGGCGGCGCUGGACGAUUCUCGGAGACUCUUCCAGAGGCUGUGGACCGACGAGGACGAGAUCGAGCUGUUACAGGGCUUCCUCGACUACACGACGCAGCGAGGCAGCAGAGGCUCGCAUGGCCAAAACGACACCGCUUUGUUCUACGACCAGAUCAAGUCCAAGCUCCAGCUCGACUUCAACAAGAGCCAGCUCGUCGAGAAGCUCCGGCGGCUGAAGAAGAAGUACCGGAACGUCCUCAGCAAAAUCGCGAGCGGCAAAGACAUCAGCUUCAAGAGCCCUCACGAUCAGGCGACUUUCGAGAUCUCCCGCAAGAUCUGGAGCAAUAUCGGCCGAAUUGGCGCCGACGAGAACGCCCUCGACGACGAAGAUCCCCCUAGCAAUCCUAACUUCGGCAGUUAUGAGAUCAAGGCCGAGGAGGCUGCCGGUUUCGCCGGCGAUAAGAAGUCCACGCCGAGAUCGCGCAAGCGCUCGCGAAUACAACCAAGGUCCGACGAGAAACGGCCGCCUCCGCCGCUUCGUGGCGGUUUCGUUGAGCCGUCGCCGGUAAUUAAAGAUAACAACAACAGCACUAAUAUUAGUAACAAUGGUGGUGGUAACAAUUGUAGCAAUUGCAAUGUUCAAGGGUUGAUUGAGGAGACGGUGAAGAGUUGUUUGUCUCCAUUGUUCAAGGAGUUGCUCAGUAAUGCAAUGGGCGGCGGGCCGUCCAGAGGCUUCGGAGGUUUGGCAUUCAAUCCGAUUCCCUUGAGCUUCGGUGGGCCACCGAUGAACUUGAAUUUCGGGGGCGGAGAAGUGGCGGAUGACAAGUGGAGGAAGCAGCAGAUUUUGGAGCUGGAGGUGUACUCGAAGCGGCUAGACUUGGUUCAGAAUCAGAUCAAAGUGGCAUUGGACGAGUUGCGGUCCAAUGGCGGGUGACCAGUCGAUUGAAGGAAGACAUUGAUGGUAAGUUUGGGGACUCUUCACGAAUCUUGAAUUUUUUGUUCAUAUAAAUUUGCUCCGUCUCUCUGAUCAAUGGUGCAGCAGGUGUUCGCAUUUUACAAAUUUUUCCGUCUUUGUUGGUUUCGUAGAACAGUUUUCGAAUAAUGAUUUUCCGAUCAUUGUCUAGUUGUUUGAUAGUUUUGUUCAUACUCCUUAGACAUGUGUAUACGAGGUAGUGUUCUUUUCCUUCCCAUAUGUUCUUGUACAUGAGAUGUUCGUCAACAUAAAUUGAUCAAGUUAGCAUCUUUAUGUA